AUGGGUUGCCGAUCCAUCCUCACCGUGGCCGUUGUCGCUGCUGGCUUGUUUGGAGCUGAUGCUAGUCCUUGUAAGCCGGCGACAUCGACUGCUGUUUCCGUUGUCCAGAGCGAGGCCUUGUCGACUGUCGCUUCCGAGGUUACGUCUUCUGUCUUGGUCGAGACUUCUUUAACACUAUCAACCGAGACCACGUCUACUGCUGAGGGUUCGUCUUCGACGAUCCUUGAGACUAGCCUGACUACUCUGGCUGAGACCACGGCUAUUGCUGAUGCUACUACUUCCUCCGCCCUGAUCGAAGAGACUCCUACAACCCUUGCUGCAAGCACCACCACUAUCGAAGCGGAAAGUUGCAUCGAGACCCAGGUCGUUGUCAACCCAGGCUUCGACGACAACAACGACGGGUCCCCUUGGAUACAUGAUGGUCAAGUGAAAAGCGAUUACACCCCUUCCAAUCCGAACAACCUAGAAGUAACAGUCUAUAACGGUCCGCCCCAGUCGAUUUCGCAGACCUUACACAACAUCAAAGCAGGCGAAUACCAACUUUCCUUCCGCUGGCGUAUUACUUGGGUGGAUAAUGAUUCUGGCAGCUAUAAUUGUUACAUCAUACCCAGGAUCGGAACCAGUCGACUGCUCUCCGUGUUCGCCAACGAUCCAUCGGAUAUGUAUGCUCAUUCGACGGGAUUCUGGCCUGCUUUCCAGGAUCUCGACGAGGUGAACUUGUCACUCCAGGUUGUGUGUACUGGUACUGGAGACUUUAGUAGUGUCAUCUUCAAUUUCGAUGACGUUACCCUGACAAAAGUUUGCGAUGUUGAUCUGUAA